CCUCCUCUUCCUCGGACUUCUUCUGACACUCCUCUUCCUCCUCCUCUUCCUCCUCUGUCCUUAACUUGUCUCUUCCGGCCUCAGCUCCCCCUUAAAAUCCUCUUUUCAUUGCUUGUUUUUCUCGAGCAGUUUCUUGUCUUUCUUCUUCUCCGUCGGACUGUUUUUCUUCAGGUUCUUCUGUGUGUCACCUGGUUGCUAGGUGACAGCCUGUUGACACCACAGCUCCAGCCUAUCACGGUGCAGCUGCUGUAAGGCAGACGUCAUGUGACCUGGCUCACCUGUAGUUUCUGAAGAGGUGACCUUUGUACCAUGUUGGCUGCGUCGUCAUGGAAACAGCUCAGUCAAUGAUCUUGUGACCGGAUGUAGGUCCACAUGUUUUCCAUCUCACCUGUCAGAAGCUCAUAGGAACCUUCCUGCUGUGACUGCGGUUGUCAGUCGGAACAGUUUGAACGGGACACCGUAGCGACAACUCUGAAGCAGCCGCUUAGCUGAAGCUCCGCGAGGAAGAUGAGCACCAAACAGGUGACCUGCAGGUACUUCCUCCACGGGGUGUGCAGGGAGGGAAGCCGCUGCUUGUUCUCUCAUGACCUGAGCAACAGUAAACCAUCGACCAUCUGCAAGUUCUACCUGAGAGGAACCUGCGCCUACGGAGAACGCUGCAGGUAUGAUCACAUCAAGCCCUCCUUCAGAGGUGGAGGGGGAGGAGCUGCAGAGGAUCAGGCAGGUGGAGGAGGAGCUGGAGGCGGAGCUUCAGUCAGAGGUGGAGUGAAGAAGAACGUUGUCCUGAGAGACGGAGCUCUGGGUGUAGACCGGAGCUUCCUGGGUCCUCAGGACAGUUUGUGGUCAGACGCCUCGGCGGCGGCAGCUCCUCAGACGUAUGUGGACGCCAUCAGGACAGGUUUGGACGGAUCUGUGCCGGAGCAAGCCACUCCCCCAGUGGGUGGGACUUCCCAGGACCUCCCCCAGCUGUGUCCCUACACUGCUGCUGGACACUGUUACUAUGAAGACAAAUGUACGUAUCUUCAUGGUGACCUGUGUGACAUAUGUGGGCUGCAGGUGCUCCACCCCCAUGACCCCGAGCAGAGGAGAGCGCAUGAGAAGAUGUGUCUCCUGGCCUUUGAGACAGACAUGGAGAAGGCGUUUGCAGCUCAGCGCAGUCAGGACAAGGUGUGUUCCAUCUGCAUGGAGGUGGUAGUACAGAAGGCCAACCCGUCAGAACGCAGGUUCGGGAUUCUGUCGUCCUGCUGUCACACCUUCUGUCUGACCUGCAUCAGGAAGUGGCGCUGCACCAGAAACUUCAGCAACGUCAUCAUCAAGUCGUGUCCCGAGUGUCGGGUGGUCUCAGAGUUCGUCAUCCCGUCUGUCUACUGGGUGGAGGACCAGGAGGACAAAGACCACCUCAUAGACCUCUUCAAGUCUGGAGUCAGUAAGAAGGCCUGUAAGUACUUCGACCAGGGGCGUGGCUCCUGUCCGUUCGGAGGGAAGUGUUUGUAUCUUCACGCCUUCCAGGACGGAACCCGAGCCGAACCCGAGGCGCCGCGGAAACAGCUGAGCUCCGAGGGGAACGUCCGGUUCAUGAACAGCGUCCGUCUGUGGGACUUCAUCGAGGAGCGCGAGCAGCGCUCCGGCCCGCCCCUGCCGUCCCUUGAUGAUGACAUCACAGAGCUGCGAGAGCUCUUCAUGCAGAUGUCAGGUCCGAGUCAGGAGGGGCCCGAGACCCCACCCCCGACAGACCAGUAGAGACCAGACCGGUCUGAAUUGAGUCCUCGGGUCGCCGUGGUAACCAUCUGAGGGAGGGUCCACGGCCUUGUUUAGUCAUGAAAUAUUAAAUGAUGUGAUCCAGUCUGUGUCAAUCAUGAUUUUAUUUAACAUGUAAAUAAGUGAAUACAGAACAUGUGACAUCCUCA